AUGAGUGCGAUAGUGAAUGCGGCCGCUGACGUGCUGUCGGGCACGGCCAUUGCUGCCGCAGCCGGCUCACAGGUGGCAUGGUUCAUUCCUAUGCUGGUAGCCGCGAUAGCAUACUAUCAGUUUGAUGCGACAGACCCUGAAGGGCGGCCGGCAGACAUUGGUGACACCAACAUGUUGCCAGAAUAUGACUUCAUCAUUGUGGGAGCCGGCUCAGCUGGUGCAGUGGUAGCAAAUCGUCUAUCAGAAGUGAGCCAUUGGAGGAUUUUACUCCUAGAAGCCGGUGGAGAUGAAACGGAGAUAUCGGACGUCCCUCUUCUUGCUGGGUACCUGCAGCUCAGCAAGUUGGACUGGCAGUAUAAAACUGAGCCUUCGGGAACAAGUUGCUUAGCCAUGGAAGGCGGCCGAUGCAACUGGCCAAGAGGGAAAGUUCUCGGAGGCAGCUCAGUCCUGAACUAUAUGUUGUAUCUAAGAGGCAAUAGGAAAGACUAUGACUCCUGGGAAGCCAUGGGUAAUAAAGGCUGGGGUUACAAGGAUGUCCUUUACUAUUUUAAGAAGUCAGAAGAUAACAAAAAUCCUUCUUUGGCACAGACACCGUACCACAGUACUGGAGGAUAUCUUACUGUAUCAGAAGCACCCUACCAUACUCCACUUGUCUCAACGUUCAUUGAUGGAGGUCUUGAACUGGGCUACAUGAACAGGGACAUAAACGGGGAGAACCAAACAGGUUUCAUGGAAGCACAAGGAACAAUACGACGAGGAAGCCGCUGUUCUACAUCCAAAGCCUUCCUAAGACCAGCUAAAGACCGCCCCAAUCUACACAUCUCUAUGUAUUCUCAUGCCACCAAAGUUAUGAUAGACCCUCGAACGAAAGUCGCUUUUGGAGUCGAAUUUGUGAGAAAUAAAAUGAUUUAUCGCAUUAGAGCAAGAAAAGAAGUCAUUUUAUCAGCUGGUACUGUCAACUCUGCACAAUUAUUGAUGUUAUCCGGGAUAGGACCAGCUGAGGAACUGCACAAACAUAAAAUACCUUUGAUACAGAAUCUUAAAGUUGGAAGAAACCUGCAGGAUCACAUUGGAUUGGGAGGUCUAGCUUUCAUGGUUAACCAGCCCAUAUCAAUUGUGGAACAUCGUCUGUACACAGCUGGUCCAUUGAUGGAGUAUGCCAUGUUAGGUGAAGGUCCAUUGACUAUAAUGGGUGGCGUCGAAGGCUUAGCUUUUGUCAAUACGAAAUACGUAAACGCAUCUGACGAUUUCCCGGACAUAGAAUUCCACUUCAUUUCUGGAUCUACAAAUUCUGAUGGAGGAGAGCAGAUUAGCAAGAUACACGGUCUCAUGGAUACUUUCUACGAUGCUGUGUUCAGACCGAUAAAUAACAUGGAUGUCUGGAGUAUCAUUCCCAUGCUGCUCCGACCGAGAAGUAAAGGGUUUAUCCAGCUAAGAAGCGCCAACCCCUACGACUACCCAUACAUUUAUCCUAACUACCUAUCAGAUGAAAGGGAUCUGAAAACUUUAGUUGAAGGCGUAAAAAUAGCUGUAGCUCUUUCUAGAACACGAGCGUUUCAAAAAUACGGCUCAGUUUUGAAUAAACAUGUUUUUCCAGCAUGUGUCAGUAUCAAGAGAUAUUCUGAUGCGUACUGGGAAUGUAUGAUUAGGCAGUACACUUGUACUAUCUAUCAUCCUGUGGGGACAGCAAAGAUGGGACCUUACUGGGAUCCUGAUGCGGUGGUAGACAAUCAGCUGAGAGUGUAUGGAGUGAAAGGGUUGCGUGUCAUAGACGGCAGUAUCAUGCCGAACAUUGUGAGCGGGAAUACGAACGCACCUAUUAUCAUGAUAGGAGAGAAAGGAAGCGACAUGAUCAAAGAGUUUUGGUUGAAACGAAGAACUUCCAGAUAUUACAUUUAA